AUGGACACCAAUUUCAGCCCCAAACGUCCAUCGGACGCCAUCUCCGAUCCCAACCUUCCCACCGGUCGCUCCGUCCGCCCAAGACAAUUACCUCCGCCUCCGCCACUGCCGCCACCAGCAUCCGCCACUGCACCGGCGACAUUAGGGUUAAACUCUACCUCCAGAGAUACCCCCGUUCUUAAACCCUCGUCUCCCUCCGAUACCCUCUUUCGCCUCCUUUGCCCAGCGUCCAAGGUUCCCUCCAUCCUUCGCCAUCUCUGCGAUAUUCCCGGCACUAGGAUCCACAUCGACGAGCCUCUUCCUUCAUGCGACGAAUGCAUCAUUGUUAUCCUCGCCGACUCCCCAUCCAAACCCUCGCUUACUAAUCGAGGAAAUGAUAGAGAAUUCAGUGAGCACGAUAUCAGUCGCAACGUCUCUAGUGAUGCGGUGGCUGGAGAUUCUGACGAGCGGUUGCAGGCGCAGCAGGCUUUACUACGAACUUUUGAGAAUAUAGUUAGGAUGAACGAGGAUAGCGAAGAAAACCAAGAGAUGCAGAAGAAAAAUGCAGAUUCUGCUCCAAACGAUCGGAUUAGCGGUGGAGAAACUGAGGGAUUAGUGGUCUGCAGGCUGCUGGCACCUAGUCAUCAAGUAGGGCGCGUGCUUGGUAGAGGAGGAAAAACUGUGGAGAAGAUUAGGCAGGAGAGUACGGCUCAAGUAAAGAUUUUCCCCAAGGAUCAAAAUCCGGCUUGUGCGUCGCCGCAGGAUGAGUUAAUUCAAAUAUCAGGAAGCUUGCCGGCGGUUAUGAAGGCCCUUUCUUCUGUUUCCGCCUGUCUUCAGGAUAACCCGAGGAUGGAUUCGAGCAACUCUUCCUCCACAAAACCAUUAGGGCCCACGUCCCAUUCAAAUUGUAUGCCAUUACAAGACGAAGAACCUUCUCCUAAGAGGAAAUAUGCUAGCCAUCAUAAUGCAGAUUAUCGCUCAAGGAGUUAUUCUUCCAUACCAGGACAUGAAAAUGUUGGAGCUGGUCCAAGAGCGGCUAUGGAAGAGGAUGUAGUGUUUAGAUUGCUAUGUCAACCCGAUAAAGUUGGAAGUCUAAUUGGGAAAGGUGGCACUAUCGUACGAGCGUUGCAAAAUGAAACGGGUGCCUCUAUAAAGAUAGUUGAUACUCCCGACUUGGAUGAACGUGUGGUUAUGAUAUCUGCACGAGAGAGUUUGGAGCAAACAUAUUCUCCUGCACAAGAGGCUGUUAUACGUGUACAUUGUCGAAUUGCAGAAAUUGGAUAUGAACCAGGUGCUCCAGUUGUUGCUAGACUGCUUGUACACGGACAACAGAUAGGUUAUUUGGUGGGUCGAGGAGGCCAUAUUAUUAAUGAAAUGAGAAGAGGGACUGGUACUAGCAUUCAGAUAUUUCCCCGGGAGCAAAUUCAAAACAGUGGACCUGUGAAUGAUGAAGUAGUACAGGUUAUUGGAAAUUUGCAGUCUGUACAGGAUGCUCUGUUUCACAUAACAAAUCGACUUAGAGACACUUUAUUCCCAAUGAGACCACACGUACCUAACUUCAACAAUCCAUCUUACUUGUCUCCUCUCCCGGGAACACCUCCUCCCUUAUUUAGGCCGGGAAAUAAUGCACAUUCCCCCGGAUGCUAUCCUUCUCAAGCUGGAGCUCUUCAUGGGAUGGAACGUCUUCCUUUCCAUUCCCACCCACUCGAUCAUCAGCCUCCAUAUUCUCAUAAUAUUAGUUUCGGUGGUAAUAACAUGGAUGGAGUUCCAUAUCCCCAUGGUAUUGAGAGACCAGGGCCAGGUUCUUUUGAGAGACCUCCUAGAUCGUGGACUCCUCAGGUUAGUAGCGAAAUACCCAAGGGACCGACUGAUGUUGGUUUUGGCAUGGUUUCAAGAAAUGAGUCCUACAGCAGCGGGGGUCCAGCUCAUUUCAUGGGAGGCACAUCUAUGGAGAUGGUGAUUCCACAAACUUUAAUUUGUCACAUCUAUGGAGAGAACAGCAAUAACAUUGCUCAUGUUCAGCAGAUAUCAGGGGCAAUGGUUGUGGUUCAUGAUGCUAAACCUGGAAUGUUUGAUGGUAAAGUGAUCGUGUCAGGCACACCAGAUCAGAUUCGAGCUGCCCAAAGACUUGUCCACGCCUUCAUCUUGUGCGGGAAGACGCAACCCUCAUGAACCUACUAAAACACCGCAUGAAAAUUGAAUUUUGUCUCAAAAGUUUCAACGGGAGUUUCCAAAUGGAUGUAAACCAAAACAUACAUGUGGGUAUUAGGGUGCUUUCUAAUUUAGGUAAAGAGUUUGAAUCCAUUUCACCCUGUUCCAAACAUGUUUUCCAGCCACCUUGGCAAGUGCUCAAUGUAGAAAACCAAUAAGAAAAAUACGAAGUGUUCAUCUUAUUUCGUAGGGCAGAAUUUGUAGUAAUCGUGUUAGACUCGUGAUUUCAUUGUCAAAAUUUGCAUCAUCCAGAGAUUGUAUAGUGAUAGAAUAAAAGGAAAAAAAUUUGGGGCAUUUUCCCCAAA